CACAAAAGUACACAACAUCAAUAACUUGUUAACACUUUCAUCACAUGACAUUUCUUACUAAAUUUAAAAGUAAAUCUAACUUAUUACUUUUGAUUGUUUUGGAUAGCAACAUCAAAAACUUGGAAAUUGGAAUAACUGUAAAAUAGCAGAAAAAAUGUAGAAUAGAAAUAGGAAUAAACUGAGUUUUGAGAAUGGUGUUUUUUAUAAUCACAAUUGUUAUAUCAACCAGUUACUUGAACAACGUAGUUGCCAGUAUAACAACAUAUUAUCUGGCUCCACACUGCGGACAGACUAUAGACCUGAUAGAUACAGGUGCAAUCCUUCUGAAGCUUAUCGCAGGAGGAGUCCAGCCGGACAUGAAAUGUUAUCGACUGAUUACUUCAUCCCAAACCGGGGACCGAAUCAUGCUUUACUUCAAGGAUAUCAACAUUGCACGGAGUAAAGGAUGUGCAAUGGACUGGCUAGAAUUGCAUGACGGAAGGACUUUUGAUUCACCUUAUGUGUCAGGUUUAGACAGAAAUUUGUGCGGCAAUUCCAUAAACAACACUGUGCAUUCAACUAAUGGCAGCAACCUCUACGCUUUUUUUAGAAGUGGCCAGUCAGUGACGACUAAAGGAUUUGACUUGGUAAUAACACGGUACCACACAGGUACGUGCAUCAAAGGUGAAUAUACUUGCCAAAAUGGCCGCUGUAUCUCAGAAAGUUUGAUCUGUAAUGGAUAUAAUCCGUGCGGGGAUGAUUCCGAUUGUAGAUCAUCUACAACGCGAAGUACCACUAUACCUACAACGCGAAGUACCACUGUACCUACAACGCGAAGUACCACUUUACCUACAACGCGAAGUACCACUGUACCUACAACGCGAAGUUCUACUGUACCUACCACGCAAAGUACUACUGUACCUACCACGCGAAGUACUUUACCCACUUCACGUACAACGCCAGGUACUACUCUACCGGAUCAUCUUGGUCAUGUACAUCGUACGACUGGAGAGAUUGUUGCCAUUGUCUUUGGAUCGAUUGCUUUCCUUUCUGUAAUGGUGUGCAGUAUAUUAUAAUGCAGGAGACGACGCCGGCGCUUGAAUAGAUUUAAUUAUCAGCUGGCUGUGGGUUGAGUUACGACAACGACAAAUACAGCAAGUCGACAAAAUCGGGCUACAUUUUUCGAGCCAGCCAUAACAUAUAAUGAAGCUUGCAAUUUAUUCCAAUUCAAGUGCUCCAUGUUUUCAACAUUUGUAAUACGUAUUAACAAAUUUAGAUAUAUUUGAUUUCUUUAAUUGACACUUUUUUCAUACAAGGCAGUGAAAAACAAAAACGGUGUAUCUACAUCCUUUUCAAAAUAUCACGGUAACAAUAUGUUAAACAUAGUUAAACAAAUUUAAGAUGAUAAAUUUUCACUUGUGGGCAAA